GUCCAUACCGAUCCCCUGUGACCCUACCAAGCAUUUUUGCAUACUGGCACAAAAGGCACUAAGAGGCAGUUGGCAAAGUAGUGUGCAUGGGUUUUCCUUUUUUUUUUAAUACAUUAAUUUGUAUCAUACUGUGGUAAUUGUAAUUUUUAAUGCGUAUAAUUUGUGGAUUUUUUUUUUUUUUUUGCAAUUAGUUGACGGAGAGGUUGCAGAGGAUCACAAAUCCAAUAACAAUGUGGAUGUUCAAGUUGUAGAAAUAGGAGAAAACCACUACCCAAUUUUAACAGCAGAGGAAAAGGAAAAUCGAGAUUACCUGAAAUCUCUAUUUGAAAUCUUGAUAAUAAUGGGAAAGCAGAAUAUACCUUUGGAAUGCCAAAGUGCUGAAGUACCUCCAGGAAUUUUCACUCCUGACAACUUCCAAGCUCUCCUGGAAUGUAGAAUUAAUUCUGGGGAUGAGGUCCUGAGGAAACGUUUUGAGAUGACUGCAGUGAAUUUGGAAUACUGUUCUCAAAAGCAGCAGAAACAGAUGAUGGAAAUCUGUGAAAGCUGCAUAAGAGAAGAAGUUCUCCGAGAGGUUCGAGAUGCCCGUUUCUUCUCCAUACUUACAGAUGAUGCAGUCCUUUUUGCAAGUGGAGAACAUUUACCUGUAUUUGUUCGCUUUGUAGAUGAUGCAAACAAUCUCAGAGAAGAAUUUCUAGGAUUCCUGAGUUGUGAAGCUGAAGCAGAGCUAUUCGCUGCCAAUUUUCUCACCACCAUCACAGAAAAAUGGGGUCUGAGUAUGGAAUACUGCCGUGGGCAAACUUACAUCACAUCAGGUGGAGUUUCUACCAAAAUGAAAUGUGUAGCAUCACAAUUGUUAGAAAAAUACCCACAAGCUAUUUAUACUCUGGCAUCUUCAUGUGCCCUAAAUAUAUGGUUGGCAAAAUCGACACCUGUAACUGGAGUGUCUGUUGUUUUGGGUACACUGGAAGAUCUAUAUUUAUUUUUUAAGAAAAACCCAAUUUUGCAGGAAGAGCUAGACUAUACGAUAAGUGUACUGUUUCUUGAAAAUGAGGAAAAGGGAGCAGAACUUAAGGAAGUAGUCAGAUCAGAGUGGAUAAGCAGGCAUGACACUUUUGAGAUUAUGGUGAGCCUUCUUGAGUCAUUUAUUCUCUGUCUAGACAAAAUUGACUGUGAUGCCUCUUUUAGAUGUAAUGCAGGGAUAAUCAGCCAUGCAUUUGUCCUCUCAAGUGCCUUGAGUGACUUUGACUUCAUUGUUACUAUAGUCAUCUUAAAAAAUGCCCUCUCAUUCACCAGAGCUUUUGGAAAAAAUUUACAAGGGCAGACCUCUGAUGUUUUCGCUGCAGCCAACAGCCUGACCGCUGUUUUGCACACUUUGAAUGAAGUAAUGGAAAAUAUUGAAGUCUACCAUGAAUUUUGGUUUGAGGAAGCUACAAACCUGGCUACCAAGCUUGACAUCUCGAUUAAACUCCCUGGCCGGUUCCGUCGAAUGCAGCAUGCCAACUUACAGCCAGAUCUAACACCUGAAAGCUUUUAUAAAGAGGCUCUCAGUAUUCCAACUAUUCAGCACAUCAUUCAAGGACUGAAAGAUAUUUUCUCAGAACAGCAUUUAAAAGCUCUCAAAUGCUUGUCCCUCGUCCCAUCUGUGAUGGGCCAAUUAAAGUUCAGCACCAGCGAAGAACACAAUACAGACAUAUACAAAGGUGACCUCCCCAAUCCAGACACGCUGUCUGCAGAACUGCAUUGCUGGCGUGUAAAAUGGAAACACCGAGGCAAAGACGUGGAGCUUCCGUCAAACAUCUACGAGUCGAUCCGGUUGUCUGAUAUUAAAUUCUUCCCCAAUGUUUAUGCUCUUCUUAAAGUUUUAUGUCUUCUCCCUGUGAUAAAAAUCGUAGAGGACAAAUAUGAAAUAGGUCGAAGGCGUUUAAAAGCUUACUUAGAAAAUACAUCCACCAAACAGAGGUCGAGCCACCUGGCUUUGUUAAACAUUAACUUCGAUGCAAAGCAUGAUCUGGACUUUAUGGUGGAUACGUUCAUUCCGGUAUAUGCGGAAAAGACUGGAACGGAGGAGGCUGCUGAUAGAUCAGAGAUGCCCAAAGAGUAAUUUCUCUCUCAAAUUUGGAUAUUUGUCCAAUACACAGUUUAAUUUAAACAAACCUAUAUAUUUUAUAAUUUUUCUUCAAUCACGCAUAAAACUGCUACAGUUCUUGCUACACAAAAUUGAACACGAUGGCACUUUCCAUUCAAUGUAUUUGUACCUAUACAUUCUGCUAGAGAACGUGCCGCAAAAUGUGUAGAGAAUGUACACUUUUAGAUGAAUAUUUUUGAAUCUCUGCUGGGAUACUUACAUUAUGGAAUACUAACUUAAAUAUUUACCAGACAAUGACAUCGUCAUCUAUGCAUUUUGUUGAUAGCUUGUUCACAUUGAGACAGUUGGAUAUCUCUAGUUAUAGAUUUGUACAAUGCACACGUGUUCACUUGCAUGUUAUGGUUUUUGAGAGAGGUAGGAGGGGGCGGUUAGAGGGAGUCAUGGCACUGUAAAUAAAUGUAUACUAAAUAAAUUUGAUUCAUGCACUCAAAUCUGCCAUGCAUGUGUUUAGAGAUGAUUGCCCCAUGAAUAUGGUAUAUUUUACUUUAUUCUAUGGGGAAAAAAAAAAUCUUUACUACAUGAUGUAAUGUAAACCCUUUUUUUUGUUGUUAUAAAUGUAUUUCUUACAGGAACAGAUUUAAGUUUCUUUGUUAAAUGGGAAGUCAUACAAUGUACAGGUUAAUUUCUUGUUUGUAUUUUUAUA